AUUGUGUUUCCAUUUCUGAAAUUCCAAAUUGCAUUUCAACUCAGAAAACUGAGAAUGUCGCUCAUUCCAAGUUUCAUUGGUGGUAACAGGAGCAACGGUUUCGAUCCAUUCUCAAUGGAUGUAUGGGACCCCUUCAAGGAUUUUCCAUUCGGUAAUUCUGUUUCUGCUUCUUUCCCUCAACUUUCUCGGGAAAAUUCUGCAUUUGUGAGCACCCGUGUGGACUGGAAAGAGACCCCAGAAGCACAUGUGUUCAGGGCUGAUCUUCCAGGGUUGAAGAAGGAGGAAGUGAAGGUAGAGAUUGAAGAUGACAGAGUUCUUCAGAUUAGUGGAGAGAGGAAUGUUGAGAAGGAAGACAAGAAUGAUACAUGGCAUCGUGUGGAGCGUAGCAGUGGGAAGUUCAUGAGGAGGUUCAGAUUGCCUGAGAAUGCCAAAAUGGAUCAAGUCAAGGCUUCCAUGGAGAAUGGGGUUCUCACUGUCACUGUUCCCAAGGAAGAGGUCAAGAAGCCUGAUGUCAAGUUGUUAAUUGCAUAUAAUUUCGACCUAUUGUUGGACAUUUCGAUUGGAAUUUAUACUGGGUUCAACCUUCGAAGUCGAAAGUGAAGGGAAUCAAGGAAAUUUAUCAAGUAUUCAACGACUUCGACUGUAAAGUACUGUUUUUCGAGAUACGGAGAGUUCCAUAUGAGAAGCCGGUUUGUCUUUGAAAGAUGAUUCACGAGGGACACGUAUAGAAUAGAAAGACACGUGUAGGACGAAGCUAUGUUCAGAAGACACUUGUAAUAGUUGUAUUAAUUGACCGUUAGAAGUCAGUUACAUUUUAAGUCUAUAAAUAGCAGGUUUGUAGAAAGAAUAGGGGUUCAUAAUCUUUACUCGAAAACUCUCAAGUGCUUACAAUCGAUCACAAUGAUUACAAGCCAAGUUAGAGUGAAAAAGUAGGGAUUCGUGUAACACUUUGCAUCUUAUAGUUCAUUAUUAUUAUUCAGAUUCAGAAAGUUCAUUUAUGUUUUUAUCAUUUAAGUCGAAUUUAUUCGUUUUGUUUCUAAUUUGUUAUUAAAUUUCUUUAGUUUUGAGUGACUAAAUUUAAUUCAUUUUCACCAAAGAACCCAAGAGGACUCGAAUCCAGUCCCAGAUUGAUCUUUGGAUUCUUUAUUUGUGUUU